AUGACCUUGCAAGCAAGACAUGUGUGGAAGCUUCUGGCGGACCGUCUGAAGUCUAAUGAAAAGGAGGCACGCCCCGGGGGCGUGCAAGCUGCCGCUGUCUCCAGGGAUUGGCGUCCAAUCCACAAGUACGGAUUUCCGAAGGUUCUCCGAGUCUUGAACAUGGCGGAGAUGAAAGGGGAACGAGCACAUGUUGAUUGCGAAAGAAGCUGGAGAAGAACACUUACUGAAGAACAACCCCUUCCCGAAGCUCUUCGUCGCACGUCCCUCUUAAUGAGGGUAGUCUGCUUUUUGGCACUGGGACAACCGGAUUUUGAUGGUCAUUGGAAGUCAUUGCAAUCCGAGGAAGCAUUCGAAACCGUUAGGGGCAGGUCGUGCUCUAUCCUGACCAGCACUAUCACCACAGCAAGUGUCCUCCUCGCUACAAGUGUUGUUUUCGUCACCACCGGCUCUCCUGUACCAUACUUUGAUUAUACAUCACCCGCUCCUCACUGUCUGCUCUUGAUAUCGCUCAUGCUUGCUAUGAUCGCGCUGUUAACAUCCGGCUCGAGUAUGAUACGUUGGGUACACACCGAUCGGCAUUGGACUCAAGAGCAACUUAAGCUGGGCGGUUACUUCGUGUUGUCCUACCUGUUAUCAAUAGUCACCCCCAUGUUCUUCGUCACCUGGUCCCUACAUUGUUUCAUAUUUGGCUUUUCCUCUCAAAGCAUAAUCUGCCGCGCUAUCACUGUGGUCUGGAUGGUCACAUAUGUUGUGAACAUUGGAACAAUAUUGAUGGAGACUAUGUGGAAUUAUGCCAAAUUUUCAACGGACUAUAUUAGUGUACCUAGACAGUGUGAUCAAACUAAGGUACAUAUUAGCGUAAACGCGAACGGGAAGGAAACUAAACGACGUACUCUCAGUCUCAGAGAACAGAAAUGUGUUCUGCAAGCUCAAGAUCUGGUAUCCCGAUACCUCUUCCUUCUCCGUGGCAAUCAUGAAUAUUGCCGUCAUCUCACAGAUUAUCUCACUUUCAAGCUUGAAUGUCACUCCGAAUCGGCCACUAACACCAUUCAGGCAAACACAAAAUCCUUUUGUGGACUUCCCCUUUCUGCCAUCACGAACAAGCAAUUCCUAUGCAUCCACGGCGGUCUUUCACCAGAGCUGAACACUUUGGAUGAUAUCAGAGCGAUUGACCGGUUCCGCGAGCCUCCAACACAUAGGCUGAUGUGCGAUUUUCUAUGGUUGGAUACUGUCGAAGACUUUAGGCGAGAGAAGAUGAAUGAAAGUUUCGUUCAUAAUCACGUUCCGGGUUGUUCCUACUUCUUUACUUACCAAGCUGCCUGUCAGUUCUUAGAGCGAGAUAAUCUUCUUUCGAUCAUUCGCGCGUACGAAGCGCAGAUGCCGGUCGCUCAACAGAUAUCGCAUGUGCCGGAAGACAAAAACCACAAGUUUUCCUUCUGUCAUGACAAUCUUUUCAGCUACCUCGACGUGUACAACAAAGCCGCCGUCUGGAGUUUGCGCUUUGUGGGAGAGAAAAAAGAACUCGAAGAGUCUGACGAGGAAAAUGUUGUUUCACGAGUAACCCACCACGAAGAGGCAAGACGGAAGAUCAUAAAAAUAAGAUCCUUGCAGUUGGACGGACGGCGCCGCAGAGAGGAGUCGGAGAAGUUUUCGGAGCUCAAGAGUAUAUCUAGCAAGUUGCCAUAUGGCACGCUAGCGUUGGGUACAGAGGGCAUGAAAGAUGCCAUUUCCGACUUCGAGGAUGCACGGAAGCCGGACAUCGCAAAUGAACGCCUCCCUCCAGAAUCUUUCGAUGCCGAAGAGGCAAAAGCUUUCCUGGCUCUGGCACAAUCUAGGUCACUACCGACGACCCCACCAGACAUCGAGUCUCCUGGCUUCACUUGGGACGACAAUGACGAAGCGCCGGAGUUUGGAGAGCACGAUGUAGAUGAUCCAGGAAGUGCUCCACGGGAAAGACUUGGAGACUCGCGGACUUCCUGGAAAUGUCUUUUUUCUGGUCGCUUUGAUGGCUUGCAACCCUGUGAGGACUCUCUCAAGUCUCACGACCGAUUUCGAUUAGGCAAGUGUAACAGCGGGUGGAAGUUACACUUCAACUUCGUGCAUCAUGUACUACUACAGCAGUACCUACGUACCGGGUCACUCAUAUUCACGCAUACGCACUCCCCUCAUGCACCUGCGGGUCGCGGCUACCUCAUGCAUGUGAAGCUCGAGGGUGUCCGCGAAACAAAUACAUCAUGCAAGUCCCGGACCCUCAAAGCUGAAAAACUCGAGGUGUCCGGGGAGGAAAGUCUAAGUAGACGAUGCUAA